ACACACACACACACACACACACACACACACACACACACACACAUACUUUGUGUAGUUACAAAAACUUGAUGAUCAACUCCAGUAAACGAGCAUGGAACAUUCAGCACAGAGCCAUCAGAAUGAUUUCCAACUUAUUCAACAACCGACCCCUCAGCCUGUUACAGUCUUCCAGCAGCUGCCCUCAGCGGUGGCUCCACCUACACCAACUUUACGGGCGGGACACAUCAGGGAGGACCUCGUAGAGCUGAUGAUGAUGCAGAAUGCUCAGAUGCACCAGGUCAUCAUGAACAACAUGACCAUAUCUGCACUCAGUUCUUUUGGCUACACACAAGCACAGGAGCAUUCAGGUCCCGGUGAGGUGGAUCCGGAGGUGUGGCAUCACCAUCACCCCUUUUCCCCCUGUGUAUCUUACCCUGCAUGGGUUCCUAUUUCUCUGGCACCGAUGCAGUCUAAUGUCCCGCUUCAGACCAUUCCAGGCUUUCAGGAGAUGGGGUAUCCUUUACAAAACCUCCCCAUAGAACACAGAGACAGGAAAGCUUUCCCUCCUACACCACCACCACCACCACCACCACCACCACCACCACCACCACCCAGUGCAACAGGCACUGUCGGACAGGACGUUCUAACUGCUGCAGAGAAUUAUGGAGCAGAAAGAAGGCAGCACAGACAAGAUGAGAUACAGAACUGACACAGAAACAAUAACCUAACUUGGAUAUAAACACUGAACAUUACAAACCGUACAUCACAGAGCUAACUGGGUGUCCUUGCUGUGUAACGUGAGAACGUGAGAAUAUUGUAAUAAAACGAUUAGACAAGAGACAAAGUACUUCAUUUAAACAAUUGAUCCCUUUACAAGUAGCAAAUUAACAAAAUGUGCUGAAGGGUUGCAGUUUAUUCUUCUAUCAUACUUAAUGAAUUAAGACUUCACAUUGAUCUGAGAUUCGCUAAUGUGUGCUAAUCUUGUCAGAUCUGAAAGAUCAUAUUAUAUAUUAUAGUGUCGUACAUAAAGCACAAUACGUCUGUUAUUUAGAAGUUGCUAAUGCUUCAGGUGCAUGUCUUUGUUUUGUUGAUUUAAUUUGAUUUUUAACAUAAGUAGAGCCCAAAUGAAGAGAUGAAAGAGAAUGGACUAGACAGGGAAGAACGUCCACAAUUAGAUAAAUGUCCGUCAUGUCCUUUGUUGUUAUUUGGUUAUAUCUUUCAUGCAAGAAUUUCAUACACUGCUGUGAUUUUUAAGCUUUGAACUCAGGUAACAGUGCCAGAAUACUGCUGUGUGAACAAAGUGUCAUUAUUUGUGUCUGUGUAAAUAACUCCAUGCUUACUUUGACUUCCAGCACUGGCAAAUACUAUCAAUUAUUUAGAAAUUACAGUGAAAAACAGGAAUAGGAUGUAGUUACUAAAGUGAUGAAUGUAAGUGAGCUUACUGCUUGCUUGAGUAGUUAGUAAGUAGGUGAAUUAUCAUUUACAUUUAUGGCAUUUAGCAGACACCCUUAUCCAGAGUGACUUACAGUACAGUACAACUGAGCAACUGAGGGUUAAGGGCCUUGCUCAGGGGCCCAGCAGUGGCAGCUUGGUGGACCUGGGGUUUGAACCCAUGACCUUCCGACUCUGCCCAACACCUUAACCACUGAGCUACCACAUACCACAUUUAAUCCACAUAUAAUCUAUAUAUCCUGAAAACAGAUUUUUGCAGAGUCAGAUUUUACUCAGACAAAUACACUUUUUUAUUAUUUAUUUAUUUAAAAAAAAAAAAA